AUGGCAUCCACUCUGGAGAAGUUCAUUCAUUCUCUGGAUCCCAGAGCCCUUCCCAGAGUCCUCCAAAUCCAGUCAGGCAUCUAUUUCCAAGGCUCCAUCUACGAAAUGUUUGGCAACGAAUGCUGCCUGUCGACGGGAGAAGUCAUUAAAGUUAUUGGCUUCAAAAUUAAUAAGCUCAUAGCAAGGAUCUGUGAGAAUAAUGAAGUCAGGCAGUUUCCAGCCAAAGUGGAAUUACCAUUAAAUUUUCCUGGUCUUUACAAGGUUGUGGCAGACAGAACUCCAUAUGCCAGCAUUGAAGAAAUUACAAGAAAAGUCUCUAUUGGGCCAACAAGAUUUGGCCAUCCAUGCUUCUACAGCCCUGAGGAUAUACAGCUGGCAAACCUCACUAUCAAACACAAUGAGCAGAUCACCUUCAACUCGGUGGCAGAGGUAAACGGGACGAUGGCUGUGACCUGUGGUGUGGUCAGAAACAACCAGGCUCAUUCCUUUACCUUGCCCCUUUCACAAGAAGGAGAGUUCUAUGAGUGUGAAGACCACCAGAUGUACACCCUGAAAGAGAUUGCAGAGUGGAAGAUCCCCAGGUGCAGGAACAGGAUUGUCAAGCUUUCCCACACUUUACAGGCCUGGGACUCCUGCAAUCCACUGCCUCAGAAUUUUGAGGGCUGCCUGAUUCUCACACCUGUCUAUGAAGUGCAGGCAGUAAUGAGAUCUCGCAAGGACAUAGUUCACCUCCUCUCAGAUCUGGAUGUUGAGGUGAAGGAUAUAACAGACUGCUGCGACGCGAGGGCUUUCCUUCAGCCACUCUCUUUGGAAGAUGUGUUCGAGAGAACGAGCAAAGAAUUCCCUAUGGUUGCUGAGAUAAUGGAAGGGCCAUCAGGAAGCCAAUACCCAACUAACUUGCUGUCUACAGGGAAAGAGAUCAUCAUCCACAAGAAGUACCAGGCAGCAAGAGUCCUCGCCUCCGAGACCAGGAGGGACUGCCCCAAGAGACAUUUUUUAAUCCCUGCGAGCUACAAAGGCAAGUUCAAGAGAAGGCCUCGGGAGCUGCCAACUGCCUAUGACUUAGAACUAGCACGAAGUGAAAAGGAGCAGCUUCAUGUAGUGGCCACAAAAGCCUUUGAUUCCCCUCACAGAGAGCUCUUCUCCGUUUGCGUUGGGGAUCAGUUCCUCGUCCAGCAGCGCCAGGCUAGCGCGGUCCGGCGCGAGGGAGGAAAGGAGCUCAUCGAUGCUUUAGCCUGCGAACUAAUACUGAGCGAUGGGUACAAGAGCGUGCUCCUCCCUAUGUACAUGGAAGGUGGCUUUGUGGAGGUGAUCCAUGACAACAAGCAGUACCAGCUGCCUGAGAUCUGCAGGGAGUUCCAUUUGCCUUUCAACGUCAAAGUGUCCGUCAGGGACCUCUCCGUCAAAGAGGACGUCUUGGCUGCUGUGCCUGGGCUGCAGUUGGAAGAGGAAAUCACAGACUCCUAUUUGCUGAUCAGCAGUGCCAGCAGCCCCAUGGAGAGCUGGGAGAUCCCUGUCUAUCGCUUGAACAUGUUGGUCCACUUGGUGAACAAAGACAUCCAGCCAGCUGUAGUGCCCGGGACUAAGGCGGCGGUGGAAGAGAUCAGCCAAGAGCAGUACUACAUGGUGCGAAGAUACGAGAACCAAACCCUCCAGCCACCACCCAGGCCUCCCAAAAAGCCAACACUCACACCCAGUCCUCUCAUGGCAGUACCAGAGCAAGGGCUGUCUGAUGUACUACAGGUUCCAAAGAACUUCUCUGCAGACACCACCAAGAAGUGGUGCUCAGAUCAAGCUGCUGCUGUUUCAGGAUGGCAAGUCCCUUGCCCAAAGGCUUUGGCGCACCGUGAGGGCGCGACCAGGAGAGCUCCGUUGGCGGAGACCGGGGUGCUCAAAGGUCACAAGGCAAAUUGUGAGGCAGAAAAUGAACGUGAAGAAGAGCAUGACUACGAAUACGUGGAUGAAAACGUCAUUGAAGACAUAAGGAAAGCAUUUCAAGGCACAAGCAUUGGAAAUAAACCCCUGCUCUCUGAAGGAGGAAGCUGUGAGCACUUGGAGAAUGAUGGAUGUGAUGCAAGCCCGGGAAAUUCCCCUUGA